UGUCCUGCGCUGUCCCGCUGCAGGAGGAGAGACGCACCGAGAGGAAGUUGGACUCUACGGAAAAACAACAGCGAACAAAUCCGCAUGAGGGACUUUAAACUUCUUGAUCUGCACCGAGUGAAGGACACGAGUCUUGUGUAGCCGUGCUGACUAGGUGAGCCAUGGAGGAUGGGAAGCCGGUAUGGGCGCCCCACCCCACCGACGGGUUCCAGCUGGGCAUGAUCGUUGACAUAGGAGCCGACACGCUCACCAUAGAGCCACUGAACCAGAGGGGCAAGACCUUUCUUGCUCCAAUGAGCCAAGUCUUCCCGGCUGAGGACGAUGUCAACAAACUUGUAGAUGACAACUGCUCCCUCAUGUACUUGAAUGAAGCAACACUUCUCAACAACGUUCGAGUGCGGUACAACAAAGACCACAUUUAUACUUACGUAGCGAACAUCCUGAUAGCUGUGAAUCCUUACUAUGACAUCCCCAAACUGUACGGCCCAGACACCAUCAAGUCGUACCGGGGGAAGUCUCUGGGCACUCUGCCACCUCACGUUUAUGCUAUAGCCGACAAAGCCUACAGGGACAUGAAGGUUCUCAAGAUGAGUCAGUCCAUCAUAGUUUCUGGUGAAUCUGGUGCCGGAAAGACUGAAAACACCAAGUUUGUUCUCAGAUAUCUGACCACAACGUAUGGAAGCGGUCAGGAUAUUGACGAGAGAAUUGUAGAAGCGAAUCCUCUUCUCGAGGCCUUUGGAAACGCUAAAACAGUUCGGAACAAUAACAGCAGCCGGUUUGGGAAGUUUGUAGAAAUCCACUUCAAUGAAAAGAAUGCAGUUGUGGGAGGAUUUGUGUCCCACUAUUUGCUGGAGAAGUCGAGGAUUUGCAUGCAAAGCAACGAGGAGAGGAACUACCACAUCUUCUACAGACUGUGUGCCGGAGCAUCUGAGGACAUCAAGAAGAAACUGCACCUGGACUCUCCAGACAGCUUCAGGUAUCUGAACCGAGGAUGCACCAGGUACUUCGCCAGCAAGGACUCAGAUAAACAAAUCAUGCAGAGUCGCAAGAGUCCUCAGGACAACAAGCAUCUGAAGGUCGGCGCGCUGAAGGACCCUCUUCUUGACGACCAGGGCGACUUCAACAGGAUGUGUGGGGCCAUGAAGAAGAUUGGCCUGGAUGACACUGAGAAGCUGGACCUGUUCCGGGUGGUCGCCGGUGUUUUACAUCUUGGCAACAUUGACUUUGAAGAGACGGGGAGCUCCUCGGGUGGUUGUGUUUUAAAAAAUCAGUCCAGCCAGACUCUGGAGUACUGUGCUGAUCUGCUCGGUCUGGACCAGGACGAUCUGCGUGUCAGCCUCACAACAAGAGUCAUGCUCACAACAGCAGGGGGCGCCAAAGGAACAGUUAUCAAGGUGCCUCUCAAGGUGGAACAAGCAAACAACGCCCGCGACGCCCUGGCCAAGGCGGUGUACAGCCGGCUCUUCGAUCACGUGGUCAAACGGGUGAACCAGUGUUUCCCCUUCAAGACCUCGUCCAACUUCAUCGGGGUGCUGGACAUCGCUGGGUUCGAGUAUUUCGAGCACAACAGCUUUGAGCAGUUCUGCAUCAAUUACUGCAACGAGAAACUGCAGCAGUUCUUCAACGAGCGCAUUCUCAAAGAGGAGCAAGAACUGUAUCAGAGGGAGGGGCUGGGGGUGAAUGAGGUCCAUUACGUUGACAAUCAGGACUGCAUAGACCUAGUGGAGGCAAAGCUGGUGGGAAUCCUGGACAUUUUGGAUGAAGAGAACCGACUUCCGCAGCCCAGCGACCAACACUUUGCUCUGGCUGUUCACAGCAAACAUAAAGACCACUUCAGACUGACGGUUCCCAGAAAGUCCAAGCUGACCAUCCACAGGAAUCUCCGGGACGAUGAGGGCUUCAUCGUCCGGCACUUUGCUGGAGCAGUCUGCUAUGAAACGACUCGGUUUGUGGAGAAAAAUAAUGAUGCCCUGCACAUGUCCCUGGAGAGCCUGGUGUGUGAAUCGAAAGACAAAUUUGUUCGAGAGCUGUUUGAGAACUCCAGCACCACCAAGGACUCCAAACAGAAGGCAGGCAAACUCGGCUUCAUCAGCGUCGGCAACAAGUUCAAGACUCAACUGAACCUGCUGCUGGAGAAGCUUCGCAGCACCGGCUCAAGUUUCAUCCGCUGCGUAAAACCCAACCUGAAGAUGGUGAGCCAUCAGUUUGAAGGAGCCCUGAUUCUCUCACAGCUGCAGUGCUCAGGCAUGGUGUCAGUGCUGGACCUGAUGCAGGGGGGGUUCCCCUCCAGAGCCCCCUUCCACGAACUCUACAACAUGUACAAACAGUACAUGCCAGAUAAACUUACACGACUGAACCCACGACUCUUCUGCAAGGCGUUGUUCAAAGCUCUGGGGCUGAACGACAUUGACUUUAAGUUUGGACUGACCCGAGUUUUCUUCCGCCCUGGAAAGUUCGCGGAGUUUGACCAGAUCAUGAAGUCCGACCCAGACCACCUGGCAGAGCUGCUGAAGAAAGUCAACAAGUGGUUGGUGUGUAGCUGCUGGAAGAAGGUCCAGUGGUGCAGCCUGUCCGUCAUCAAACUCAGAAACAAGAUGAGUUACAGAGCUCUGGCCUGCAUUAAGAUUCAGAAGACUGUCCGCAUGUGGUUGUGUAAGAAGAAGCAUAAGCCACGCAUCGAUGGUAUGGUAAAGGUUCGGAAUCUGAAGAAACACAUGGAGCGGUUCAACGAGGUAGUAAACGUGCUGAAGGAGGGCAAACAGGAGAUGGCCAAACAGGUCCAGGAGCUGGCCACCUCCAUUGACGCUCUACUAGCCAAGAUAAAAACCACGAUGAUGACUUGGAAAGAGAUUGACACAGAGUACCAGGGGCUGGUGAAGCGCUCGGAGCAGCUGCUCUCCUCCAUGCAAAAGAAGAAGCAAGAGGAGGAAGAGGGUGAGAGGCUGAAGCACAUCGAGGAGGAGAUGGACAAAGAGAGGAAGAGGAGGGAGAAGGAGGAGCAGCGGCGCAAACAGGAGGAAGAGGACAGAAGACUGAAAGCAGAGAUGGAGCUGAAGAGGAAGCUGGAUGAAGAAGAUAGAAAAAAGAGACAGGAAGAGGAGAAAGUCAUACAGGCCGAGUUGGAAGUCCAGCUGGCUCAUGAGCGUGAGGAGCAGGUCCAACGCACCGCCAUAGUGGAGCAGGAGAGACGAGACAGGGAGUUGGCCAUGAGAAUCGCCCAGAGCGAGGCGGAGCUGAUCACAGAGGAGGGCCAGUUGGACCCAAGCCUGCGCAGCGAAGAGUCUCUUUCAGAUCUUCCUAUCUCCUCAUCCUCAGCCAGAGCCAUGGGUCCUCAGGUGCAGGCUACAAAAGCCGCCGCUGGUGUGAAGAAGUAUGAUCUCAGCAAGUGGAAGUAUGCCGAGCUGCGAGAUGUCAUCAACACCUCCUGCGACAUCGAGCUGCUGGCCGCCUGCAGAGAGGAGUUCCACCGCCGGCUGAAGGUGUAUCACGCAUGGAAAUCCAAGAACAAGAAGCGCGACGAUGACGGCAGUGAUCAGAGGGCUCCUAAAUCUGUCACCGACUACGCUGAACAGAACCCAGCUCCUCCGAUGACGGCCCAGCAUCAGGAAGUGGCCAUGAACCGGCAGCAGCGCUACUUUCGCAUUCCCUUCAUCCGGCCCGCGGACCAGUACAAGGACCCGCAGAAUAAAAAGAAGGGCUGGUGGUACGCCCACUUUGAUGGGCCCUGGAUAGCCAGACAGAUGGAGCUUCACCCAGACAAACGGCCCAUUGUGUUGGUCUCGGGUAAAGACGACAUGGAGAUGUGCGAGCUGAGUCUGGAGGAGACGGGCCUGACCAGGAAGAGGGGGGCGGAGAUCCUGCCCAGGCAGUUCGAAGAAAUCUGGGAACGCUGUGACGGGAUUCAGUACCUCAAGAAAGCCAUUGAGAACAAGCAGGCCCGCCCCACGUACGCUACCGCCAUGCUCCAGAGUCUGCUCAAGUGAACCACAGCACACAAGAUAAGCACACAAGCACCAGUCUAGUCCUGGAACAUGUGAAGGGCGAAAGAUACUCGAUCAUCUCAUUUUUAAUGUUGGUUUAUUUUCACUUUUUAUAUCUUUAUUUUUGCAGUGGAACACUACAUUGGUGCAGCGUUAGCAUUUAUUUCUUCUUCUUAGUCUGUGGUUGAAAGUAACGAGGCCUUAAAAUGCAGUUUCACUGCACAAAACCAAGGAAUUCUUAACUGAUGUGUAGCCUGUAGCUUUAAACCUGGAACCUUAACAGUCUGUGAUAGGGACAAAAAAAUAGACUUAAUGAGAAUAUGUGUAGACAUGCUGUGAAACAGUUUUGUUUUUCAAGUCAUUUAAGCUUUUGUCAUUUGAAUAUAAAGACUAUCAUCAUUCACUGUCUAUAAAUACAUCUGAUUUGAUUAGAAGCGAUAAUUUCAUUUUUCACACUCAUGUACUUUGUCUGGCUCCACCCCCUGGCGACCGGACCAGAUAAUGAUGGAUGCAUUUUCUCUCCAAGAUUUAUGUAAUAUAUUUAAUCAUGACACUCAUAGACGCUCAUACAACUAACAAACAGAAUGCUAUAUUUAUACAUAAUAUAAUGUUAUCCUGUGUUUCAUGAGUAAAAAUCUAAAAUGUUCUAAUAUAUUUUAUUCUUUAUCUCAGAGGUUCUCAGCCAUGGGCCCCUACAACAGUGGUUCUCAAUCUUUUGCACUUCAGGGACCCCGUAAAUGACAAGAUUUUUGGGUUUAGAUGUUUUAUUACAGGACGUUAUUGAAAUUCAAGACCAAAAUUUUCAUACAGUUCCUCAGUGUGUUACUUAUGGAUGAAAUUAUAAUCAAAUUUCAGUCCUCACUUUCAGAACCCCUGUCCAGCAAGAAAGGCAAAUAAACUGGAGAAAAAUAUUCACAUUCUUAGAAUAAAUAUUUUCACCAAGCAACACAGGAUACCAAUAUAUCAUGACUAGUAUGACUCUGGAAACCUUUCACGGACCCCCUGGCAGCGUGCAGACCCCCAUUUGAGAACCACUGUUCUAUCCACUACAAAUUUAAUGACAUCAGAUAGAAGAAAUAACUUUGUGGCUCAUUUUAAAAUCUUUUAAAUCUAUUUCUCUCUGUAGUUGCAGAAUGUAUCUUUACCCCAGAGAAACCUUUGAGGAAAGUCUUCUUCAUUUGAAGUAUCGUGCUUUUCUCUGUUAGCCGUCUAUUAUUUUCAUUUCUCUGUUGAAUCCUUGAUCACGUUUUUUGUAUUGUUGUUUAUUUGAUAUGUACGAGGAGAAGUGUAGACCUUUGUUUGCAGUUAUGUGGGUUUGGGGUUGUUUUACAGACAAUAAUGUAAUUUUUGUGUGUGUGUUUGUUCAUGUGAUAUUUUAUGAAGCUGAUUACUUGACUCCUCUGUUGGUUGUGUCAUGAACAAUCCAAACAUCUCAAAGCUACUGUUCUUUAGACUCACCCACAUGAACUGUCGAGAUACAGUCGACUCUGCUGUAACUGAUGACUCACUGUCAUAUGUUCCCUCUUUGUACUUUGGCCUUUGCACUGGAAAACUCUAGGAAAUAAACGUAUGCUCCUCA